AUGGCCAUGCCGUCCACCGCGUCUUGCUGCUUCGCCUCCUCCUCCUCCUCCCCCCAUGGCCGCCCCAUCCGCCUCCGCCUCCUCCUAGCCCACACCACCACCAACUGGACCCCCGCGCGCAUCCGCCUCGUCUCCCGCCCCGCCCCUUCCCGGAACCCCCUCAGGCGCUCCUCCGAGCCGGCGCCCGGUGUCGCCGGCGACGAGGGAGAACAUGUGGACAGGGAGGUGGAGGAGGACCGAGACGAGCGGUACGGGUUCGAGAUGGAGGUGCGGAAGCUGCCGGGGAAGAAGAACCGGCGGCUGGUGCGCGCGCGGGUGCGGGUGGGCGCGCCGCUCCAGGCCGUCUGGGCCACGCUCACCGACUACGAGGGCCUCGCCGGAUUCAUCCCCGGCCUCUCCGAGUGCCGCCUCCUCCACCAGGACAAGGCCUUCGCCCGCCUCUACCAGGUCGGGGAGCAGGAUCUGGCGCUGGGGUUCAAGUUCAACGCCAAGGGCACCAUAGACUGCUACGAGGGCGAGAUGGAGCUGCUGCCGGAGUCCCGGGCGCGCCGCCGGGAGAUCGACUUCAACAUGGUCGACGGCGAUUUCAAGGUCUUCCAGGGCAAAUGGUCUGUCCACGAGGUUGAUGGUGCCACUGAUGAAGGUGCAGAAGUUUCAUCGGGGCAGGAAUUUCAGACCACGCUUUCGUAUGUGGUGGAGCUGGAGCCUAAGCUCUGGGUUCCGGUCCGGCUGCUGGAAGGGAGGAUCUGCAAGGAGAUCAAAACCAACCUUAUUUGUAUCCGAGAAGAAGCAGAGAGGAUCCAAAGGUUACUGGACGAGAGGUAUGUUCAGCCCGACUUCAGUUAUGUUGUUCGAUCCUUGUGA